AUGACGGGCGGUGGGAAGGGCCAUGGCUGGUGGCCAUGGCUGGUGGCCAUGGGUGGUGGCCAUGGGUGGUGGCCAUGGGUGGUGGCCAUGGGUGGUGGCCAUGGUUGGUGGCCAUGGCUGGUGGCCAUGGCUGGUGGCCAUGGGUGGUGGCCAUGGGUGGUGGCCAUGGGUGGUGGCCAUGGUUGGUGGCCAUGGCUGGUGGCCAUGGCUGGUGGCCAUGGCUGGUGGCCAUGGCUGGUGGCCAUGGGUGGUGGCCAUGGGUGGUGGCCAUGGGUGGUGGCCAUGGCUGGUGGCCAUGGGUGGUGGCCAUGGCUGGUGGCCAUGGGUGGUGGCCAUGGCUGGUGGCCAUGGGUGGUGGCCAUGGCUGGUGGCCAUGGCUGGUGGCCAUGGGUGGUGGCCAUGGGUGGUGGCCAUGGCUGGUGGCCAUGGGUGGUGGCCAUGGGUGGUGGCCAUGGGUGGUGGCCAUGGGUGGUGGCCAUGGGUGGUGGCCAUGGGUGGUGGCCAUGGGUGGUGGCCAUGGGUGGUGGCCAUGGGUGGUGGCCAUGGGUGGUGGCCAUGGGUGGUGGCCAUGGGUGGUGGCCAUGGGUGGUGGCCAUGGGUGGUGGCCAUGGGUGGUGGCCAUGGGUGGUGGCUAUGGGUGGUGGCCAUGGGUGGUGGCCAUGGGUGGUGGCCAUGGGUGGUGGCUAUGGGUGGUGGCCAUGGGUGGUGGCUAUGGGUGGUGGCCAUGGGUGGUGGCUAUGGGUGGUGGCCAUGGGUGGUGGCCAUGGGUGGUGGCCAUGGGUGGUGGCCAUGGGUGGUGGCCAUGGGUGGUGGCCAUGGGUGGUGGCCAUGGCUGGUGGCCAUGGGUGGUGGCCAUGGGUGGUGGCCAUGGGUGGUGGCCAUGGGUGGUGGCCAUGGGUGGUGGCCAUGGCUGGUGGCCAUGGGUGGUGGCCAUGGGUGGUGGCCAUGGGUGGUGGCCAUGGCUGGUGGCCAUGGGUGGUGGCCAUGGCUGGUGGCCAUGGGUGGUGGCCAUGGCUGGUGGCCAUGGCUGGUGGCCAUGGGUGGUGGCCAUGGGUGGUGGCCAUGGCUGGUGGCCAUGGGUGGUGGCCAUGGGUGGUGGCCAUGGGUGGUGGCCAUGGCUGGUGGCCAUGGGUGGUGGCCAUGGGUGGUGGCCAUGGGUGGUGGCCAUGGGUGGUGGCCAUGGGUGGUGGCCAUGGGUGGUGGCCAUGGGUGGUGGCCAUGGGUGGUGGCCAUGGGUGGUGGCCAUGGGUGGUGGCCAUGGGUGGUGGCCAUGGGUGGUGGCUAUGGGUGGUGGCCAUGGGUGGUGGCCAUGGGUGGUGGCCAUGGGUGGUGGCUAUGGGUGGUGGCCAUGGGUGGUGGCUAUGGGUGGUGGCCAUGGGUGGUGGCUAUGGGUGGUGGCCAUGGGUGGUGGCCAUGGGUGGUGGCCAUGGGUGGUGGCCAUGGGUGGUGGCCAUGGGUGGUGGCCAUGGGUGGUGGCCAUGGCUGGUGGCCAUGGGUGGUGGCCAUGGGUGGUGGCCAUGGGUGGUGGCCAUGGGUGGUGGCCAUGGGUGGUGGCCAUGGCUGGUGGCCAUGGGUGGUGGCCAUGGGUGGUGGCCAUGGCUGGUGGCCAUGGCUGGUGGCCAUGGGUGGUGGCCAUGGCUGGUGGCCAUGGGUGGUGGCCAUGGCUGGUGGCCAUGGGUGGUGGCCAUGGCUGGUGGCCAUGGGUGGUGGCCAUGGCUGGUGGCCAUGGGUGGUGGCCAUGGGUGGUGGCCAUGGCUGGUGGCCAUGGCUGGUGGCCAUGGGUGGUGGCCAUGGCUGGUGGCCAUGGGUGGUGGCCAUGGGUGGUGGCCAUGGCUGGUGGCCAUGGGUGGUGGCCAUGGGUGGUGGCCAUGGCUGGUGGCCAUGGGUGGUGGCCAUGGGUGGUGGCCAUGGCUGGUGGCCAUGGGUGGUGGCCAUGGGUGGUGGCCAUGGGUGGUGGCCAUGGGUGGUGGCCAUGGGUGGUGGCCAUGGGUGGUGGCCAUGGGUGGUGGCCAUGGGUGGUGGCCAUGGCUGGUGGCCAUGGGUGGUGGCCAUGGGUGGUGGCUAUGGCUGGUGGCCAUGGGUGGUGGCUAUGGCUGGUGGCCAUGGGUGGUGGCCAUGGGUGGUGGCUAUGGCUGGUGGCCAUGGGUGGUGGCUAUGGCUGGUGGCCAUGGGUGGUGGCUAUGGCUGGUGGCCAUGGGUGGUGGCUAUGGCUGGUGGCCAUGGGUGGUGGCUAUGGCUGGUGGCCAUGGGUGGUGGCCAUGGGUGGUGGCUAUGGCUGGUGGCCAUGGGUGGUGGCUAUGGCUGGUGGCCAUGGGUGGUGGCUAUGGCUGGUGGCCAUGGGUGGUGGCUAUGGCUGGUGGCCAUGGGUGGUGGCUAUGGCUGGUGGCCAUGGGUGGUGGCUAG